GUUUGCAGAGUGAAAAAAAAACUGUUGCUGUCAGUAAUUAUGAUAAAACAUUACGAGCUAUUUUCAACAACCAAUCUUCUCUUUGGUAAUUACUGCUAAAUGAGGCUGAUGUGUAGCUGACCUGCUGUCUGGGUCUGGGUGUGGCAGAGUUCCCCAAACACACCGACCAAUCACAAGCCUUCCUCCAACUCUUGAAUCAGGACGCAUCGCUCCUGGCUCUAAGUCCGCAGUGCGCCUGCCAAACUUUUCCACCACCAACUUUGGGAACUUCUCUCCGACUGGACGAUGCAUGUUUGCGCUCCGUGACUUAAAGUUAUGAGCUUUCUGAAUUGGGAUUAGAUUUUGGAGCCAAAGUAAAGGAAAGCAUGUCUGCUCGCGGAGACUCCAAAGACGAGUUUUCCACAGACGAGGAUGUGGAACCGACGCGCCACAAGAAGCGCACGGCGCAGGUGUCCCGUCUGCCCUUCAGCGUCGAGGCUCUGAUGUCGGACAGAAGGCCGCUGGCUGCGACGCACGAACAGGAGGGAAGCUACGAUUUGGAUGCCUACGGGGCGCACAAGUUGGAUGAGUUUUCCCAACAGUUACUAUCUAUUAAAUCAGAGCUGUCGGAACAAGGAGGAAGUCCGUCUUGGAUAUCCAGCUGCAUAAAAAUGUCCACACCACUCCGGCAGGUCAGUCCAGCAGUCUGCUCCUUAAGGAAGCACAAAACCAACCGUAAGCCUCGCACUCCCUUCACCACGAUGCAGCUCAUGGCCCUGGAGAGGAAAUUCUGUCAGAAGCAGUACCUGUCCAUUGCAGAGCGGGCCGAGUUCUCCUCCUCCCUGUCACUGUCUGAGACACAGGUGAAGAUCUGGUUCCAAAACCGUAGAGCCAAAGCCAAAAGGCUUCAGGAGGCCGAGGUAGAGAAACUGAAAAUUGCAGCUGGGUCCAAAGCUGUGUUCUACCCGGGCUUCUCGUCUUUAGGUUUACCCCUCAGCGGUAACAUGCAGGCUGGUUCAGCAGCAGCAGCACUCUAUGGACUGGGUAGCUCAUACAGCCGCACCCCCAUUCAUCCCGCUGCACAUCUGGCCAUGUAUGCUUCACAUGUUGGCUACAGCAUGUUCCACCUCUCCUGAGACGGAGCAGACGUGCAGAGUGUGUUUAAAAAGGAAUGACAAGAGUGUAUCAUUAAAUCAUGUACCUUAUGAAAAACUUGUCGGCAAAGGACCUGAGGAGGAGUGGAAGCUUCAUGCUCUUUACUUGUCUUGAGAUACACGAACAAUUUAAAAAUAGUCCUAUUUUUUGCAGGAGACUCUGGAAGGACCAAGAAUACAAGACCCAGAAGAUCCUUCUUUGUUGUCUGCAAACAUAUUGUCCUAAAUACCAGCCUUUUGAUUUGUCUUCUGCUCAUUUUGUUCCUGAAUGAUUCAAGUGUAUUUUUCACCCAUUAAUCUUGACUAUGCAGGGAUAUUUCAUAAUCCAGUCAGAAUAAUAAGAGGCUGCAAAUGAAGAAGUUUUCCCAAGUUUGCCAUGAUCCCAAAGGACAUAUAUUUAUUUGUGAUAACACUUAGAUUCAUAUUUUUCAUGAUGCAUAUCUACAUUUUUAAAGGUUAAUAUUUCACAUGUAUAAUAUUAAACUGACACUUUCAAACAAC